CGUUGUUUUUUCUUACUUUAAACAAACUGAAUUAUACGUGUACCUAUGUCUAAUGGUUUAAGAGCAAUAGUUAUUUUAUCGAUAGAUUAACAUUUUGAGAAUAAAAAGAAAAAAUGAAAGUAAAUGAGCUAGCUAUGUCCAUUAUUUGGUUAUUAUUGAUUACUAUUGUAACUUUUAUUGGCCAUAGUAAUGGGGUUGCUGUUAUGAGUAUUGAUAUGGGUAGUGAGUCAAUGAAAGUUGCCAUUGUUUCACCUGGUGUUCCUAUGGAAAUAGCUCUGAAUAAGGAGACAAAGAGGAAAACACCAGUUACAAUUGCAUUUCGAAAUGGGGAAAGAAGUUUUGGAGAAGAUGCUCAAGUAGUUGGAAUUAGGUCACCCCAAAAUAGUUUUUCUUAUAUAUUAGAUCUCCUAGGGAAAUCUAUAGAUAAUCCUAUGGUACAGCUUUAUACAAAAAGAUUUCCAUAUUAUGAUAUUGUUUCUGAUGAAGAGCGUGAAAUAAUUGCAUUUAGAUUGGAUGAAAAUACUACAUACACUCCAGAAGAAUUACUUGCACAAAUUUUACAUAAAGGAAAAGAAUUUGCAGAAAAUUCAGCUGGUCAAAAGAUCAGUGAAGCAGUGAUAACAGUUCCAGGAUUUUUUAAUCAAAUUGAAAGAAGAGCUCUUGUGCAAGCAGCAGAUCUUGCAGGAAUCAAAGUUUUGCAACUUAUCAAUGACUAUACUGCUGUUGCAUUAAAUUAUGGAAUUUUUCGUAGUAAAGAAAUAAAUGAUACUGCACAUUAUGUAAUGUUUUAUGAUAUGGGAGCUAGUAGUACUACUGCAACAGUUGUCAGUUAUCAAAAUGUAAAAACAAAAGAAAAAGGAUUUGUUGAAACUAAUCCUCAUGUUACUAUUUUGGGUGUGGGUUAUGACCGUACUUUGGGAGGAUUAGAAGUACAAAUUAGACUACAACAUCACUUGGCAAAAGAAUUUGAUGCUUUAAACAAAACAUCAAACUCUGUAUUUAGCAAUCCAAGAGCAAUGGCAAAACUUUUUAAAGAAGCAGGUCGUGUUAAGAAUGUUUUAAGUGCAAAUACAGAUCACUUUGCUCAAAUUGAAGGAUUAAUAGAUGAGCAUGACUUCAGAGUACAAGUUACCAGAGAAAAAUUAGAAGAACUUUGUGCUGAUUUAUUUGAGAGAGUAGCAAAUCCUGUUAAAAUUGCUUUAAAAACAUCGAGUUUAUCAAUGGAUGUUAUAUCUCAAGUUGUAUUGGUAGGAGCUGGCACCAGAAUGCCAAAAGUGCAAGAGCAUUUAAGUCAGUAUUUAACAGUUGAGUUGUCUAAAAAUAUCAACACUGAUGAGGCUGCAGCAUUAGGAGCAGUGUAUAAAGCUGCAGAUCUUAGUAAAGGGUUUAAAGUAAAGAAAUUUGUUACUAAAGAUGCUGUACUGUUUCCCAUACAAAUAACUUUUGAUAGAACUGUUGAUAAUAGAGUAAAACAAGUUAAAAAAUCGUUAUUUAGUAGAAUGAAUCCUUAUCCACAAAAGAAAAUCAUCACAUUUAAUAAAUAUUCAGAGACUUUUAAAUUUCAUAUUAAUUAUGCUGAUUUGGAUUACUUACCAUCUCAUGAAAUAGUUGUUAUUGGCAAUUUCAAUUUGUCUACUAUAACAUUAUCUGGUAUAACUGAAGCUCUAGAUAAACAUACUAAGGAUGGAGCAGAAAGUAAAGGGAUUAAAGCACAUUUUGCUAUGGAUGACAGUGGCAUACUUAAUUUGGUGAAUGUAGAAUUAGUAUCAGAAAAAUCAAGUUCAACACCUGAUGAAGAAGAGGGGUCAGAAGAUAAAGAUAAAGAAGGAAAAACAGAGGAACCAUUAAAAGAAGAUAUAAAACCAGUUCAUGAAGAACCGGAAUACCCUGAAUUACAAAAGGAGACUGAGGAUAAAACAAAGAAAAAGAACGAAAGUACGAUUACUGAGGAUAAGAUGGUGAAUAAAACGGAGAAAGUUGAGAAAGAGAAAGAGAAGAAAGCUACGAUCGUAACGAUUAAAGAACCUAUCAAAGCUGAUGAAGUCAAGUUAGGGCCACAGAUUCUUUCUGGGAGCAAACUACUCGAAUCUCGAGAUAAAUUGCACCAGUUAGACGUAUGUGAUUUCGAAAAAGCAAAACGCGAAACAGCUUUAAAUAAUUUAGAAACAUUCAUAAUCGAUGCUCAACAAAAAUUGGAAUCAGAGGAAUAUGCUGUCGCUGCUACUUCUCAAGAGGCAGAGAAUAUACUGAAAGCAUGUUCUGAAGUUUCUGAAUGGCUGUAUGAAGAUGGAUUUAGUGCAACUGCUGAAGUGUACGAAGAAAAAUUAUCAGAUCUUCGAAAACUAACCAAUGACGUGUAUGAACGUGUUUACGAACAUAGAGAACGCAAAGAAGUAUUAAAAGGCAUGGCUUCUAUGUUGAAUGCAAGCACAACAUUUUUGAAUAAUAUGCGUAAUUUGAGCUCAAAGUUUAAUUCGAGCGAAAUCUUUACUCAAGUCGAGAUAGACACAUUAGAAAAAUUUAUUAAUGAAACUCAGGAAUACUAUGACACAUUCGUUAAAUCCUUUGAGGAGACGCCUUUACACGAACCUGUGAAAUACAGAGUUCGCGAUAUUGCAAACAAAAUGGCGUUGCUCGAUAGAGAAGUGAAAUAUCUUAUAAAUAAGGCAAAAAUAUGGAGGCCAAAACAGGAAUUUACUGCAAACAAUACGGAGAGCACAAAUGAAAAUGCAACAAAUACCAAGGAAGGGUCAGAAUUUAAACCUAUUCCUAAAGCAUCAACUGAAUCUCAGGCAGAAAAACUUCCGCAUGAAAAUACAUCUGAUAAUGCUGAAGUACAAAAUGAAAAACCCUUAGAUUCAGAAGACUCGUCGGAGUCGUUAAAAGAUAAUGAACCUCAGACGAAUCGUGAAAGUACUGAAGAAGAUGUACAUCAAGAACUUUAAGAAAAAGUUUAUUUAAAAGUGUGUGACUUUUAUUAUUGACCGAUCGCGCCUCGGUUAAUAAGUUAGACAAUUUAUUAUGUUAUAGAACAGGUUUAUGAAUGCAUUUAAAAACCUAAAUCAAAUUUAAGAAAUUAUGUGUUAUUGU